GUCGGGGACGGUUUCGAUUUGCGUCACGGUAGAGGGGCGAUCUCCGGAGGCGCAGCCCAGGAGACACGAGGGCAGGGACCGCAGAGCAGGAAGUGACCUCAGGCUGUACUUCUUUUCCUGCAGAGGAAGGACUUCUCCAUUUCAGAAAACGCGUGCAGCACGAAGACGCAACGUGGUCGCCUCUGGAUUUUUUUCUUACGAGAGACCGUCGGCGCCACGAGCACGGGCGACAGGGAGACGGAGACAGAACCGCUCUACUUUCGUGCCCAGGCUCCACGCACCCCAGAAGCACAGAGAUGGCGCAGGGAAACGUCAGCAACGCCAACGCCACGUGCACCAACCUGUACGACCACCGCGACACGGCCCGCGUGCUCAUGCCCCUGCUCUACGCCGUGGUCUUCACCGUGGGGCUCCUGGGCAACGGCCUGGCCCUGCACGUCAUCCGGCCCAACCGCAAGAAGAUGAACUCCACCACGCUCUACUCCACCCACCUGGUGGUGUCGGACAUCCUGUACACGCUGUCCCUGCCGCUGCGCAUCGUUUACUACGCGCGCGGGUUCCACUGGGACAUGGGCGAGGCCCUCUGCCGGAUCACCGGCCUCAUGUUCUACAUCAACACCUACGCCGGCGUGAACUUCAUGACCUGCCUCAGCGUGGACCGCUUCAUCACCGUGGUGCUGCCGGGCCGCUACGGGCGCUUCCGCAAGGUCCACAACGUGCGCUACAUCUGCGUGGCGGUGUGGCUGCUGGUGCUGGGCCAAACCCUGCCCCUCCUCACCAUGCCCAUGACCAACCAAGAGCCGACCCACAUCACCUGCAUGGAGUACCCCAACUUCGAGAAGGUGGACAACCUGCCGGUCAUGCUGAUCGGGGCCGUGCUCCUGGGCUACGGGAUACCCGUGGUGACCAUCCUCACCUGCUACUCGGUGCUGUGCUGGAAGCUGCACUUCGCGGCCAAGCGGAACCAGCUGACGGAGAAGUCGGGGCGGAACAAGAAGGCGAUCGGGGUGAUCUGCGGCGUGAUCCUGGUGUUCGUGGUGUGCUUCAGCCCCUACCACAUCAACAUCCUGCAGUACAUGGUCAGGAAGCUGCGCUACACGCCUGACUGCGCCGAGCUGCAAGUCUUCCAGGUGUCCCUGCACGCCACCGUCUGCCUGAUGAACCUCAACAGCUGCCUAGACCCCUUCAUCUACUUCUUCGCCUGCAAGGGCUACAAGAGGAAGAUCAUGAAGAUGAUGAAGAGGCAGGUCAGCAUGUCCCUGUCCAGCGUGAUCCGGACCUCACCCGAGGGCUCCUCCAAGGACCUCGACGCGCACAAAAUCCACCUGACCAGCCCCCGGGCCCAACACCGAACAUGACCUGAACACCAUGCUCCCCGGGCCCAACACCAAACACGGCCUGAACACCACGCCCAGACUGCGGCCUGAACACCACGCCCCCCCCGGUCCAAAGGCGGUCACAGACGGCCACAGACAGUCUGCACUUCACUGCAGCGGUACUUCACUGAAACACAAACGAGCCCCACGUUUCUCUAAUUCCGUUGAAAUCGGUGUCACAGUUUUUUUGCGUACAAAAUACUAUUCUUUGUCCCUAAAGAUAGAGACAAAGUUAUAAGAACUGGGUAUUUUAAAUAUGAGAAAAAUCUCAACAUGUACAUGUUUGUAAAUAUGUUUAUUGCAUUGGGACAUUCUAUCACUGAGAAUGUUUUUGUUAAUAAGGACUAAACAUAUUUCCUUUCCUUAAUAAAUAUGAAGCUAAUGUGUUACAGGAACUUCAAUUUUGUGUGUUUUAUGAUGCAAUGUUCAACAUGAUGUAUUCAUUCAUAUAUAAUUGCAGGUAAUGGCACAUUUACAAAGCCAAAUCAGGUUAAAAACUCUCUGACAAAAUGGGAUGACCAAUUAUUUGUUGGCAAGAGACAAAAUAGUUUUGUAUCAAAUUUUGCAAAACAAAAACACAGCGAAAUACAGUAUGACCCUACACUGUGAAAUUCUAAUCACUGUACUAUGUUACAGAGAUUGUUUUUACAAUAAUUUUAAUAUCCACUUGAUUUUGUAGCUAACUUGAUCAGGCUAUGCAUAUUUAACACUGAUGUUGUAAAUCCCAGGUGUUAAUUCAAGAAAGGGUGUAUAUAAAAUGGAAUACAUUUCAUGGGUCACUACCAAAAUCUUUGCAUCCCCACUGUUAAAUAAAAUUUAUAUUUUA